CGCAAAAAUGACACGAACAAUUACAUUUUAGAAGUAAUGGUAAAUAACGUUUUUAAAAUUCUUUAUGUUCAAAUGUGAGCUUAAAAUAGCAUAAACCUCUAAUGUGCACCCGAUAAAGAAAUUCAAUGGACGAAAAAUCUAAUUCUAACCGUAAGCAAACUGGAAAGUGUAUGAGCGAAUCAAAUUUGGAGGACUUGGAACAGAAUGUGCAGCAAACGAAGGAUCGUAACACUUAUUCUGCACAAUAUACUUGCCCCACAACAUCAAAUUUAGAGCAAAUUCGUCGUUCCAGAUGUGUUAAUCCAGGAAAUCCGUGUCCGUGCUUUCACAGUCCACCACCCUGCCCACAGUUUACUCCACCUGAAAAUGAUCUGUGGGAUUUGCAGUUUUGCCGUUGGUGGGGCUGGAAUUGGGUCAAAAAACGAAAUGAGAUGAUCGAUAAUAGACCUUGCCCUGGGCGCACAAAAAACGAAACAGUCAAUUGGGGCCGUGGGCGAAAUUACAAUAGAAGAAAGCCGCCUAAGCAAGAUGAUUUCUUCUCAUGGUGUAAUAGACUCUUCAGAGGUCGUCGUCGUGGAGAUUGCUUGCUUGAAGAGAAGCAGAAGGUGCAACUUCAAGAAAUGUAUGAUACACCCUCGACUGCCGAGUCUUGUCUUCGUCCACACCACAGAGGAGGUUACUAUAAACCGUGCCGACGUUGUUCUGAACACACACAAAGGUCAAUGUCUACAAUUGUUGUUGGAAACAAAAGAAGCAAGUGUCGGGUGUACUUGUGCGAAAGUAGUUCAAGCGACGAGGGUUUCCCUUGUGUCUGCCAGCAUCGCGUGAAAAAGAAAUGUGUACCAAGUACAAGCGAAAGCUUAGAAUACCUAUCACUGCGACUGAAGUGUCUUAACUCAGACUGCGAGAAUAAUGUGCCACAAACUGGCCAUAGACGCAGCUGUGCUAAACACUGCCAACUUGCUCCUGCUAUGAAAAAAUACACCAAGAAAUCAUGUAAACAUCGGUGCCAUAACCAGAACGUUUGCUUAGUCCCACGUUUUGCGCGCCAGUCAUGUGAAUCUAAAUGUGAUAACUAUGUAUGUAAAUGCCCCCAUCGAAGUACCAAUCGAGUAAAGGAUUAUAUUAUUCAAUUUCCUUUCCUACGCCAUAAAAAGCUGAAAUGUAAUUGCGCCUGCGAAUGUAAACAAAAUAACAAUCCAAAACCAACGGCAGACAAAUCCAGUAGCUGCCCAAAGAUCAAAACAACCAAGUUCAAUGAUAUACUCGAGGACAAUGAGCCAUGGCAAAUUCCUACCCAAAAUUUUAAAGGUGUGGCGAACGACUUUUUCAAUACCGUUUCUUCUAGCAUCGCCAAAGGUGUUUAUUCUAGUCCGGUUAGCGGCAAAGUGUAUAAUCUGAAGCCCAAAUUAUUCUCGCCGCCGGUAACUCCUCGCCGUACUCGUUUUCCAAGUCUCAAGGAUGUUACUGAGAAGAUCGCCGGAUACACAGAGAGUCUGCCCGCUGCCGACAAUGAGCAUAAAUUAUUGAUGGCCGCCGUAUGUGAAGCAAUGGCAUCUAAUCAACCGUCAGAUGAUGAAAGCUAUAAGUCAUCUGAAAACAUGGCACCAUUUUUUCCACGCAAUUACGAAAAUGCGGAUUGCAUAGACCCAAAUGAAUACAAUCGCAACAUAGAACACCCCAACCGUAAACUAUACGUCAACACUGGUUCUCGUAUUCCUUUAUUAAAGAAACGUUUGAUAAAAAAUAAUGAAGAGAAUCAAGACAGUAACACUACCAUGGUAGAAACGAAAGAUUACACCGGUAAUGAUGUAGGAUCAUAUGCAAUGAAUCUGGAUAAUACGGACCAACCCGUUCAUCAAAACAGAAUUAACGAUUACUUUGGGUUGAGUUACGACAUUAGCACGUUAACAUUACAAAAACCGAAAAACUGGAGUUAUUUAGAUUUUUUACUUAAGACUAGAUCAAAAUUAGUCAAUGAAAACACUCCGAAUACGUCUAAUGCUGGUUGCGACACGUUAUUGUCGAAGCCGGAAGAGAAUGUUCAAAUUGAAGAAGAAGGUGCAUUUUCACAAAUUCCGACGGUUGUCAAUGGAAACGAAGGCACAGAAGUCCAUUUUAGGCAGGAUUUACUUGACGAAUUGAGUUUGGAAGAUCGGCGCGGUGUAGUUAACCAACACAACUUUAGCAAUGAUGGUUACGCAACCCUAUUACAUGUUCCUUUGCGCCCUUCAAAUUAUGGUAACGUUUUGGAACCAAUUUUAGAAGAAAAUUGUCUGUUACUUAGCGACCCUCUUUUUAGUUCAUCUGAAAAUGUUCGAUUAAACACCUUGUAA